UUUCAGAUGGAAAAAAUAUGUUCAAGGAUGUAAAUAAGUUGAGAAGUUUUAAAAUGUUGAAGGCUUCAGCGUGUACCGUUCAGUUUAUCAGUUCUACAAGAAAUUUCCACAGUAGACAAACUUGUGAUGAAGUUCGUGUACGUUUUGCUCCUUCUCCAACCGGUAAUUUGCAUUUGGGUGGCCUUAGAACGGCACUUUACAACUUUUUGUUUGCUCGAUCGCAAGGAGGCAAAUUCAUUCUGCGAAUCGAAGAUACUGAUCAACAACGUUUGGUACCUGGUGCUGUGCAACAGAUAGAAGCAACACUGGAUCGGUACGAGCUUUUUCGGGAUGAAGGACCUUCUAAUAGUGGGAAAUUCGGACCAUAUUUACAAUCUGGAAGGAAGGCAAUUUAUCGAGAUGCUGUCGAACAACUUAUUGAUAGUCGCAAUGCAUAUCGAUGCUUUUGUACAAAGACACGUUUGGAUAUGUUGCGUCGAGAAGCGGCUAGACGUCAUGAAGUGCCUAAAUAUGACAACCAUUGUCGUGAACUGACUGAUGAGGAAGUCAAGAAAAGGCUGGAGAAUGGUGAAAGUUAUGCUGUCAGAUUCAAGUUUGAAAGAAAGGAAGUACAUUUCAAGGAUCAAAUUUUCGGUGAAAUAACGCAGAAAAGCAGUGAAGGAGAUUUCAUUCUGAUGAAGACUGAUUCAUUUCCAACCUAUCAUUUGGCGAAUGUUGUCGAUGAUCAUCACAUGCAGAUCAGCCAUGUGAUACGUGGUUCUGAAUGGCUUACGUCUGUUUCGAAGCAUAUACAACUUUAUCAGGCUUUUGGAUGGUUGUCUCCUAUGUGGAUUCAUCUUCCAUUGCUUGUAAGAAAUAGCAGCAAGAAACUUUCAAAACGUGACAAGGAUGCUUUUGUGGAAUUUUAUGAUAUUGAUAAAGGAUAUUUGCCAAUUGCGGUGCUGAAUUAUCUGUGUCGAAAUGGAAGUGGUAUUCAAGAUUUCGAUUUAUCGAAGCUCUACACGCUGGAUGAGAUGAUAAGAAAAUUCAACGUUUAUUUAAUUGGCAAACGAAAUAUAAUGUUGGAUCAAUUGGUUCUUGAUGCAUACGGUCACAAAGCGAUACAGAAUGCUGACGUUGAUAAACAGUUGGUCCCAGAGAUUAUGAAGCGUCUUCAGAGGACAUUUCCAGAAGCUGCCGCAGAAUUGAUUGCCGAUUCUGAUUAUGUCAAGAAGGUCCUUGAUUUGUUUAGACGAACGGAUCAGAAGCUAUGUUACUUGGAACAGUUAAUCAGUAGUGACUUUAAGUAUUACUUCUUACGACCAACUAGUCCGGAAAAAACACUUUCUGAGUUUGAUGCGCACAUAGUAUCGUCCAUUCUCAGUAGUUUUAUGGAUUGCGGAGAUUGGAAUAUGGAUUACAUGAAAACGUUGGCUUCCAUACAUGGUAUCAAAUGUCCCCAAAUAUUUCGAAUUAUACGUUUAGCGUUAAUCGAUUGCCAAAGUGGACCACCGGUUAUGGAACUAUUUGAGUUCUUCGGAAAAAAGGAAUGUAUGAAGAGAUUUUCGACCAUGAUUGAAAUGUUAAAAGAAUCGAAACUGUCAUCAACACUCUAGUUGUUUGAUGUUAACUUUAUGUAUUUUUAUUCAUCCGAUUGUUACUAUUAUCAGUGUUAAUUUUGUGCACUUUCUUUUUCUUUUUUAGAUUAAUUCAUACGAAUAUCGUACCAAAUUGAAACCUAGUGGAAAAUAUUUCGACGAAAUGAAAAACUUAUAAUAAAAAUAAGAAACAUUAGAAAGACUAGUAAUAUGCAACUGAUG